AUGAAGAGGGCGACCCGGGUCGGACUGACGGGUCUGCAGAACCCUGGACUGGAACUGGAGAUGACAGGAAACACCAGCACAGACCAGGUCAGUCUGAGAUCAAACCAGAACCAGAACCAGAAGCACAGAGCAGGGCCCUCCUCCUCCUCAUCAGGGCCCUCUACCUCCUCAGGGCCCUCCUCCUCCUCCUUGGGGGCCCAGGUCCCAGGUGACUUCAGCAGUGAAGGCUGCAGCUCGGUGGAAGCAGAGAAGAAGAAAAUUGACGGGUACAACGGUCUGGCUGAGGAUGAGGAGGAUGAAGAGCAGAGAGAUGAAACAGACAACAGCAAUAAAAAUGUUGAGCUGAGUAAAAAGCUGCUGGAUCACUUCAGACGUCUGGCUGCUAGCAACCAGGACAGCGACCAGGUGGACUUCCAGUUUGUGGACCAGCUGAUCUCAGACGGAGCCGAUCCGAACAGCUCAGACCGCUACGGACAGACGGUUCUGCACGAGAUCUCCAGAGCCUGGAGUGUAGAUGUGAUGCGGUUCUUCUUGGACCGGGGCUCAGACCUCAUGAGGUCGGAUCAGUUUGGAGUCACACCGCUGCACGUAGCCUCAGCGCUGGACUACCAGGACAUGGUCCAGCUGCUGCUGCUCAGGAAAGGUCUGAGCCUCACCCUCAUCCAGCAGGACAAGCAGACUCCUCUUCAUUACGCUGCUAAGAACGACGCAGUGAGCUCCAUCAGACUGCUGCUGCAGGCCGGAGCCUCCGUCAGCUGCACCGACUACAAGCUCAGGACCCCACUGCAGCUGGCUGCUAACCUGGAGCGCAGUGAAGCAGCUCGGGUGCUGUUGGAGUUGGGUGCUCAGGCUGGGAUCCAAGACUGUGACGGACAGCUGUGUAUAACCGCUCUGAUUGGUCGGAUGAGUCCAGUGGACUGGUGGCGGGUCCUCCUGGUGGUCCUGGCUCUGCUCCUGACCCUGGAGGAGGUGGUGAGGGAGGUGCAGGACAUCCGGCGCUCCAGGAAGAAGCUCCGCCUCUGGCAGCAGUGGGCGGAGCUUCGUGUCCGUGACGACCUGCGCUGCUCACAUCCCAUGUGGCCUCAGGAGAAAGUUUUCUUGUUGGAUCAACGAGAGAAAAUUCAGAAGAUGAGAGGAGGCUACAGCCAAGACCUGUGGAACAUCUUUGAUUGGUUGGUGUACACGCUGCUGGCGAUGGCGUUUGGCGUGCACGUGGCGGACGUGCUCCACCCGUCCGCGUCUCUUCGCACCGACAGCCUCCGUCUGUUCUCCGUCACCAUCAUCUUCCUCUGGCUGCGGCUCAUGAAGCACGUCAGAGCCUUCAGGUUAAUGGGUCCGUUCAUCGUCAUGUUGGGGAAGAUUGUCGGGGAUGUGAUGCGUUUCCUGUUCCUGUACGCUGAGAUCUUUAUUCCCUACGCCUGCGCCUUCUGGAUCAUAUUCGGAGGUGUGUUUCCCAGCAUGCACUCUGUCUCCGGCCUGCUGUACAGCCUGUACCGCAUCACCCUGGUGGACGAGUACGAGUACGACGCCAUGGUAACGGUGGACAGCGUCAUGGCUCCUCUGCUGUGUGGGACGUUCCUGGCAGCCUCCUCCAUCCUGUGUGUCAACCUGAUGAUCGCCCUGGUAACCGACACCUUCCAGAGAGUGUAUGAUAACUCCCAGGCGAACGCUGUGAUGCAGCAGGCCGCCGUCAUCCUGCAGGUGGAGGAGUCCAUUACAUCUACAGCCAGUGUGCGCCGCUGGCCGACGCCCACGACGGCCGUGAUGUCAUGA